AAUGCGUUCCUGAGCAUGCCUACAAGGCUUGAAAAUAAACAAAGACCGAAAGCGGGCGAUUGAUCAUUAAGCUGCCAUAAACUUAACUUAAAAUACUUUUGAAACCAUUUUUAGGUACUACAAACCCCCAGCAUCUGAAGAAAGACGUCUCUACAGCCAUGGAAAACGCAUUGUUGAUGCGAGUGAGUGUUUUUUCCGAUCAGGGAGGCAGAAAAUACAUGGAGGAUGUUACCGAGGUAGUAAUGGAGCCCGAGCCGGGGGAAGACGAGCUGAACUCGGACGAACAAGAUGAGACCAAAGAGAAUAGCUCGACGACGGACAUUGUGCCGGAAAAGCCUGAAAACGAGCGUCAAGAUCGGACUGCACACAACGAUCCUCUAUCUGCCUCUGCAUCCACUACAGUUACAUGGACACAAAAUGCACAAAAUGGGAACCAACGUUUUGCAGCUGCCGCACUGGCAGGAUCGAAAGUGGAGAGUACUCCGGCUGCGACCAAGAGCGAUAACCAACCCCAGCGCUCAGUGGCUUUCUUCGCGGUGUUCGACGGCCACGGAGGCCGCGAAGCAGCGCAAUUCGCAAGGGACUAUUUGUGGGAAUUCAUCAAGAAACAGCGGGGCUUUUGGUCCAAGGAUGACGAAGAAGUGUGUGCAGCUAUUCGGAAAGGUUUCGUUGCAUGCCACCAUGCCAUGUGGAAAAAGCUACCCGAAUGGCCCAAGACUUUCACAGGGUUACCCAGCACCUCAGGCACCACGGCCAGUGUCGUGGUAGUCCGGGGGAACCGCAUGUACGUGGCCCACGUAGGAGACUCUGCCAUAGUGUUGGGGGUCCAGGAUGACCCCUCUGACCAGUUCAUCAGGGCCGUGGAGGUUACACAGGACCACAAGCCUGAGCUGCCCAAGGAGAGGGAACGCAUCGAAGGGCUGGGGGGCAGUGUGAUAAAGAAGUCUGGUGUGAACCGGGUGGUGUGGAAGAGACCCAGGCUGACUCAUAACGGGCCGGUCCGGAGGAGCACCGUCAUGGACCAGAUACCGUUCCUGGCCGUGGCCAGAGCUCUUGGGGACCUGUGGAGCUAUGACUUCUACAGCGGAGAGUUUGUCGUGUCCCCGGAGCCAGACACCUGUGUUCUGACCCUUGACCCCAAUAAACACCGUUACAUCAUCCUGGGCAGUGACGGGCUGUGGAACAUGGUGCCCCCCCAGGACGCCGUCUCCAUGUGCCAGGACAACGAUGAGGCCAUGGCGCCGUGCGGGGUGUCCAGCGCUCGCCAGCUGGUGAGCCACGCCCUCCUGCGGUGGCGCCAGAGGAUGCUGCGUGCGGACAACACGUCCGCCAUCGUCAUCGCCCUGCAGGAGCCGGGUGUCCCUCAGGAACCCCUCCACCACGAGGAGGUGCUGCUGAACCUGGCCGAGGGACAGCACUGUGGCCCCACAUCGGACUCCCGCUCCAACACACCACUCGUCAAGGUUCCAGACAUGGACAUGUCGUCUGCUGUGUGUGAGCUCCUCCCGACCCUGGAGAGACGAAACGGCCUAUCAGGGAGCAGCCUGUACGCCUUGGCCCUAUCAGAUCCCUUCGGCCCGCCCCUCUCUGACUCGGAUGACGACUCCCGCACCAGGUUUCCCUUGAUGACCGACAGCCCCGCCCCGGAGGAGAAACUCAGGACGCCCGGCGCCAAACGGACGCUGGAUGAGACGUCGCCCAACCCCGUCCCGUCCGCCAAGAGGAGCCGGAGGAAGAAUGGCGAGACCACACCGGCGGGGGUGGUGGGGGCAGGAGGGGCAAAAGACGGUGGAGGAAAGGACCAGAAACAGUCUCCGACUCCGCCCCCUGCCAACGUGUCCCCUGCACUACUCCAGCAGCAACACGGCAAGACCACUGUGUGUGUGUGCUGAGAGACACACACACACCUCCUCUCUCUCUCUCACACACACAUUAACAAACACACACACACACACUCUGCAGACAGAUGGAUCCUCCUCACCAUACAUACAAACAGGGAUACAAGACCGACAGUAACAUUCUGCUUCUUCUCCAACCUUUUUACAAAUGACUGAGAGACCCGGGUCGCUCCUGACUGAGAGACCCGGGUCGCUCCUGACUGAGAGACCCGGGUCGCUCCUGACUGAGAGACCCGGGUCGCUCCUGACUGAGAGACCCGGGUCGCUUUCAUUGAGGUCAUUACAAUGAGGUCAUCAUACCAUAUGUCCAUGUCAGCCAGUCAGUCAGCCAGUCAGCCAGUCAGCCAGUCAGCCAGUCAGUCAGUCAGUCCAGUGUGGGCAUUUUGUACACUUGUCUCUAUCUUUUAUCUUACUCUGUUCCCCGGAUGGUGGAGAAUGAUUGUGGUGGUCGGUCGUUUUAAAAUCUUUCUUUCUCUUUCUUUCUCUCUCCCUCUUUCUUUCUCUCUCCCUCUCUCUUUCUCUCUCUCUUUCUCUCUUUCUUUCUCUCUUUCUUUCUCUCUUUCUUUCUCUCUUUCUUUCUCUCUCUUUCUUUCUCUCUCUGUCUUUCUCUCUGUCUUUCUCUCUCUUUCUUUCUUUCUCUCUCUUUCUUUCUCUCUCUCUUUGAUGUGAAGUAAGGAUGGAUUUUGUUCAGUGCUGUUUUGUGGACAGAAAUUCAUCCCAAAAUAUGAAUUUGUCCAAUCUGUAAAUAUAAUCUUGACGUGGGUUCAUUGAUACAUGUGUUACUUACUUUAAGUAAAACAAUAUAUUUUUAUACAUUGUUUUAUUUUACUAUUGUAGAAGUGAUAGAAGAGGAUAUAUUACCAUUUUUAAAAAAUAUAAAAAAAUCCACCAUCUCCUAAAUUCACCCUUUGACCUAGUUGUCUGUAUCAUCUCUCACAGCAUUCAAUCCCUCAUGAUUUACUAUUCUGACCCUGCAUUUACAUUUCAUUUAAAUGUGUUGUGUUUUCUAUUGUGUGUCCAGUUUAAAAAAAUAAAUAAUAAUAAUACUCGCAUUUUAAUGAGAUCAAUUGAACUUUCACCCCAAACUGAAGGUGCUGUUACGAUUUCAAAGAUUUUACUGAGUUACAGUUCAUAUAAGGAAAUCAGUCAAUUCAAAUAAAUAAACGAGGCUCUGAUCUAUGGAUGUCACAUGACUGAGAAUACUGAGAAUACUGAUAUGAAUCUGGUCACAUGAUACCUUAAGAUAAAAUGGGCCUCAGGAUCUCGUCACUCUAUUUUUUUUAGCUAUUACAGUGAAGGAAUACCAUGCUAUUGUUUGAGGAGAGUGGCACAAUUUUGAACAUGAAAAGUUAUUCAUAAACAAAUGAGGCACAGUCUUGCCACAAGAUUUUGAGCAGAAAUGCAAUGGUUCUUUGAAUCAGUCUAAAACUUUGCACGGACACUGCUGCCAUCUAGUGGCCAACAUCUAAAUUGCAGCUGGGCUGGAAUAAUACAUUAUGGCCUUUCUCUUGCAUUUCAAAGAGGGUGGUUUACAAAAAAAAUAAUAAUAAUUGGUUGGCUUUUUAAAAAUGAUCUUUUACCAGAUCUAUUGUGUUAUAUUCUCCUACAUUCCUUUCACAUUUCCACAAACUUCAAAGUGUUGCCUUUUUUAAAUGGUACCAAGAAUAUGCAUAUCCUUGUUUUCAGGGCCUGAGCUACAGGAUGUUAGAUUUGGGUAUGUCAUUUUAGGUGAAAAUUGAAAACAAGGGUCGGAUCCUUAAGAGUUUUUAAGCCUGGAAGUUGUUAAGAAGCUUGGUGGGUCAUGUUUCAGAGGACGCAUGACUCGACCUCCGCCUCUCCUAAACCCAUCGGGGAGUUGCAGCGAUGAGACAAGAUUGAAAUUGGGGAGGAAAAGGGGGGUAAAAUACAACCUCCCCAAAAAUGUGAAUAAUAAAAGAACCGCUGGACGUAUAGUGUCAAAUGUUCUAGAACGAUGUUGCAACAUCUCUGGUGGAUAUUCCCACGGUCGCCAUGCCAACUGCACUCUUCCCUCAACUUGAGACAUCUGUUGUAUUGUGUUGUUGUGACAACUGCACAUUUUUGUUAAGGGUGGUCUUUUUUUAUUGUCCCCGAGCACAAGGUGCACCUGUGUAAUGAUCGUGCUGUUUAUUAAUCAACUUCUUGAUAUGCCACACCUGUCAGGUGGAUGGGUAAUCUUGGCAAAGGAGAAAUGCUUCGUAACAGGAAUGUAAACAAAUUUGUGCACAUAAUUAGAGAGAAAUGUUUUUUUUUUUGUGCGUGUGGAACAUUUUCUGGGAUGUUUUAUUUCAGCUCGUGAAACAUGAGACCAACACUUUACAUGUUGCGUUUUAAUAUUUUUGUUCAGUGUAAUAAUUAAUUAGUAGUUGAUGAAGGUGAACUGUAAUUUAGUCAGUCAGGAUGUUGUUGUACACACUGUCAGAUAAGAUCAGACGACACCUUGUGGCCAUGACCUGUAAUUGCAAUUAUUUGCCUUUUAAAUUAUUAUUUUUCCCCCCCUUUUGCUGCAUUUACCCCCAACAACAAUAUGCUGCGUCCCAAAUGCAGACAAUUAACAUUUACAUUUACAUUUAAGUCAUUUAGCAGACGCUCUUAUCCAGAGCGACUUACAAAUUGGUGCAUUCACCUUAUGACAUCCAGUGGAACAGCCACUUUACAAUAGUGCAUCUAAAUCUUAAAGGGGGGU